CGUCAGUCGUCAGAAUGACAGGUUAGAAUUCUCGUGGGAUUUGUCGACAAAUAAUCCACUGGAUCAUGGAUAAUUAAUCAUCAACGAUGACGUACGAUUUAUUUUCGUCCUGUUAUCAAAAAGACAAUAACAAUACAUCACUAGCGCCUCCAAGAGAUGAUCGUCACCUGCACCGAUGUCUCCACACCGACGAAUCCUAGACCAGUUGCUUGCAGUAAAUAAUUUUAUUAUCCCUGAUAUUAAAAAAUUCACUGGACUAGGGUUAUGAUAAAAAAAUGAGUGACGACAACCUUGAGAGUGCAAAAAAGGCAGCGAGAAAGGCUGUGGAGUUUGAUAAUUUGGAGCAGUACAAAAAAGCACUUUGUUAUUACGACGUCGCAGCUAGAUUGCUGGAUAAGAUAUCCCCGACGAGUUCCCCAGGUCAAUCCACCAGGAGUAAAGCAAGUGAAUACCGAGAACGAAUAUCGAUCCUAGAAUCGUCGAUCAAAGAGAUUGAGGGAAGCCAGAGUCCAACAGUCGACACAAAUCUCCAGAGAGUGAAAUUUCUUAUUAGAGAGGCUCUCGAUGCCGACGGAGAUGGUUGGAAGGAUGUGGCAGUGCUGCUGUACGCAGAUGCAGCCCAGCUGGCACUGGACACGAAAAAAUCGACGAAAGACGCCUCAAAGCAGGAGCAACUGACGAAUUUGAGUUCGAGAGCGAUAUCACGAGCAGAAUCUCUCUCAGGAAUCACAAGAUUUUCUCCCCAGUCCCUGCUGUCGUCCCUUCCACCAGUUCCAGACACCAUCCUGGAGUCCCCAGACUCCCCAGAGUCACCAGAAUCACCUGAGAGCCACCAGCAGUCAAUCCCCUCGAAGAAUUCCGUUCCCACGACGCCAUCCCCAGGUCCAGCCCCCCAGAACCGAUCCCAUCCGAUUCGUCGGGGCCUCCACCGAGGCAGUAGUGCCCACCUCCAGGUCAGUGGCAGCGACAGCUACACCGAGGAAGAGAAGAAAACCCUUUUGACCACUUCUCACAUCAAUGAUAACGAAUUCGUACCCUUCAUGAGAGUCGAUCUGUCCGAGAAAUUCUCAUCCCCAGGUCUCUUCAUCGACAGAGACGGCCUCCUGGAGCUCGCCCCAAAGCAGAAGACAGAUUUUGCCAGAUGGGCACGUCCCAGCCAGUUAUUCGACUCUCCGAGACUCGUCCUGGGUUCUCACGUCGAUUAUUACAGCAUAAAACAGACAGUUGUCUCUGAUUGUUCGUUCGUGGCAUCCCUAGCUGUCAGUGCACAGUACGAGAAACGUCUGGGAUAUCGAUUAAUCACAUCAAUUAUUUACCCUCAAAAUCGUGCCACCAGGGAGCCAGUGUACAAUCCCUCGGGGAAGUACAUGGUGAAGCUCCACGUCAAUGGUGUACCUCGCAAGGUCAUCAUCGAUGAUCUUCUACCAGUGGGUAAGGACAAUCAGCUCCUCUGCUCGUACUCCAGCAAUCGUGGUGAGCUCUGGAUAUCUCUCCUGGAGAAGGCGUACAUGAAGGUGAUGGGUGGUUACGACUUUCCCGGAUCCAACAGCAAUAUUGAUCUCCACGCCCUGACCGGGUGGAUCCCUGAGAGGUGGGCCAUCCGGUCUGACGAUCCUGACUUCAACAAAAAUGGCCUCUUCAAGACUUUAUUGGAGAGAAUGCACAAGGGAGAGGUCCUGGUGACAGUUGCAACUGGAGAACUGUCAGACCCAGUGGCAGAUAAAACAGGACUUGUCCCGACUCAUGCCUACGCCGUUCUGGAUGUCCGACUCAUCAAUAACACGAAACUUCUGCUUUUGAAGAAUCCCUGGUCGCACCUCAGGUGGCGGGGGAAUUAUUCUGAGCAUGACGCACAUCACUGGACACCAGAGCUCAAGGAACUCCUGAAUUAUGACCCGGAGUCGGCCUCACAGUAUGACAAUGGCAUCUUCUGGAUCGACUACGAGAGCAUUUGCCGAUUUUUUGAUGUAUUCUACCUUAAUUGGAAUCCAAGACUCUUUUCGUACACCUAUUGCAUACAUCAGAUGUGGAAUGCAGGGACUGGACCUGUCAAGGAUGCCUACAAUAUUGGGGAUAAUCCGCAGUUCACACUCGAGGUUACAUCCAGAAUUUCUGGGGCUAUUUGGAUUCUUCUGACGAGACAUAUCACGGAUAUUGCUGAUUUUAGACAGAAUCAGGAGUACAUCACUGUUCUGGUGUACAAGAAUAAUGGAAAGAGGGUGUACUACCCUCACGAUCCACCCCCCUACAUCGAUGGGGUCAGGAUCAACAGCCCCCACUACCUCUCGAAAAUUAAACUCGAUCCAACCAGUGAAUCCAGGUACACUCUUGUAAUCUCUCAGUACGAGAAGAUGAAUACGAUUUAUUACACCCUGAGGGCGUACGGUACGUGUCAAUUUACCUUGAAGAAAAUUUCUGAUCCGUAUAAAUUCGAGAAGACCAUCAACGAUGACGAGUGGAAAGGAAGGACAGCUGGUGGCUGUGCCAAUCAUCCUGCCACCUACAGCAACAAUCCGAGGUAUCAGCUGGUGCUUGAGAGUGGAAACAACAAUAAUCAUCUCCUGGUGAUCCUGAAGGGGCCCAAGCAGUACCAGAUCGGCUUCGAGAUAACAGCUGUUGACCUGGGGGAUCCCCAGGCACCCACAGCCUUUCAGAGUAAAUCAUCUGGUCCCUUCAGGUCGGGUUUCGUCUAUCUGGAGCUAUCCGAGGUCGUCUCUGGGACCUAUCACGUCGUUCCUGCGACAUUCUUACCCUUCCAGGAAGGGCCCUUUUUCCUUACCUGCAAGAGCUCCUGUGGAAUGCAACUCACCAGGAUUCAGUGAAGACCUUUUGCACCCAAUAAAUCCUAUAAUUUUUUAUUCUAUAAACUUUUAUGGGGUGAUAAUUAGGUAAAUUAUGGGUGGAGUAAUUUCAUUACGGCUGUGCUAGAUAUUUGGUACUUACAAUUAUUCCCUCGUCCAAUAAUUGUAAGCUUUUUUAUAAAUAAUGGAUUUUAUUCCCUGCGAAUAAUUCAUUAUACUAAUGCAAGCUCCUGCGUACGAUUUAAUAAUCGAUUUAAACACAUGCAAUGAUCCAAUAUUUUUAUUUUUCACCGCCCGUGAGAUGCCAGAGAUUUUCAGCUGCUGCGCACUGUUAUUUUUUAAAUAAAUUAAUGUACAGACUUUAAUUAACAAUUGUAUUAUCCAAGAAAAACCGAGAAAGAAGUCCCCAAAUUUCUAUUACAAUUAAUAAUCAUGGAUUAUUAUUAAUUAUUAUU